CCCCUCUACCCAGGCCUCCGUCCCAUCGAAGCUCCGCUCCAUCCGAGCCGUCCUCUUCACCGAAGACAAUAGAGAUACCGAAGCCAAGGGACGACGCCCACUCUCCUUCGUUGUCUUCGACAUCUGGGCGACCCUUCUCCGACUACAAUUAGGGUUUACGAGUAGGGAUUAGAGAGAGAUGUUGUACAUAGUCGGUCUGGGACUGGGCGAUGAGAAGGACAUCACUCUUAGAGGUUUAGAAGCCGUGAAGAAAUGCGGAAAGGUUUACAUAGAGGCAUACACUUCCCUCCUCUCUUUCGGUCUCUCUUCCGAUGGCCUUUCCACACUGGAGAAAUUAUAUGGGAAAUCAAUUACACUUGCAGAUAGGGAAAUGGUAGAGGAAAAAGCGGAUGAAAUUUUAUCGGAGGCUCGUAGGUCUGACGUGGCUUUCCUUGUCGUUGGGGAUCCUUUUGGAGCAACAACUCACACCGAUCUUGUUGUUCGAGCAAAGAAAAUUGGGGUUAAUGUCAAGGUGAUACACAAUGCAUCAGUGAUGAAUGCUGUGGGUGUAUGUGGGUUACAACUCUACCGCUAUGGAGAGACCGUUUCAUUACCCUUUUUUACUGAAACAUGGAGACCCGAUAGUUUUUAUGAGAAGAUUCAAAGAAAUCGCGGGCUCGGAUUACAUACACUCUGCUUGCUGGAUAUACGUGUAAAGGAACCCACUCUGGAAUCUUUAUGCAGAGGAAGAAAGCAGUAUGAACCACCUAAAUAUAUGACAAUAAACACUGCCAUUGAGCAACUCUUGCAGGUUGAGCAAAUGCGUGGAGAAUCUGCAUACAGUGAAUGCACUCAAUGUGUGGGGUUUGCUCGUUUAGGAAGUGAGGAUCAGAUGAUAGUUGCAGGUACAAUGAGACAACUGCAGACAAUCAAUUUUGGAACACCUCUGCACUGCCUUGUCAUAGUAGGCCAGACCCAUCCAGUGGAAGAAGAAAUGUUGGACUUUUACAAACUUAAAGGAGAGAGUAUGCAGCAGAUAGAAAAUGUGACUGUUUGAUUUUUUUUUUCUCGAAAGUUGAAAGAUUUAUACUGCCUCAUGCAGUUCUCAUACUACCUUUAACAGAGAAGCAACCUCUUUUACAAAACUCAGUAAGAUUUUUGCAUAUCGUGGUUGGGUCUGUUUGAAGUGCCUAGAGGGACCCAUUUCCGGAUUGAAACCUACAUGGUGUUCUCCUUAUCUCAGAUAUCAAUGUUACAUCAGAUCCAUGAUAAAUAUGGACAUGAACACCUCUGCCUUUGGUCAGUUAGUGGCGCAACUGGACAUACCAAGAGAUUUGGUCAAGUUUAUGUAUUAAAGCCGCUGCUUUGUCCACUUUCUGGCUUUCAGCCGUGUGGAGGUGGGUUUUUCUAUGUGACCUGACAGUGUUAUAUGUUAAUUUGCAUGAAUUCCUGGGGAUUGAGUUAAAUUUUUAUUUUCAUUAUUAUGGUUUUAGUGCUCAAGUGGCUGUCAGAUGAAUGACUAUCAUAUGGUUCAGAA